AACCUUGAGUGGGCUUUUCAAACAAUUGAAAACUUUUCUUUUUUUUUCUUUUCCAGACUGUCCCUGAAUUUUAGCAGAACUGAAGUUUUCAUGCUGUGCAUGCCCUGGAUGCCCUGAAGCUGAGGAACACUUCAACCUUGAAUGGGAACAAGGAUUCUUGGGCAUCCAGGAGACUCGAAUUCCAAUGAAUUCCAACAGUAACUCUUCCCUUCCGUUAGUCAGAUGCCGGGAGACAAAGGAACUACUUUUGUAGAUCAUCAACCAAAGAAGAAUAUAUUAAUUUAUUACAAGUGAACAAAAGACAUUCCUGUUGAAUACUUUUACAUACAAAGAACUAUUAUUUAUUACAUAUUUCAGCUUGUGGGAAAGUAAGGAAUGCAUUGAUUCUGGAAAUAGCUAUGUGGAUUUGGGAAGUUCUCUAGGUCUUUAUCAUUGUUCUCCCCUACCUCGCAUACAUUUAAAGAAGCUGUUACUUCAGGGAGGAAAUCCCUAUUUGUUCUUUUUUCAUCCAUCAUCUAUAUUCAUUAUUCAGAAAGGAAAACAAAAUUGAGCAGUGAUUUUAUUUCUCUUGCAUAACCUUGUUACAUGUAGCCAUAUUCAAAUUUAACAAUGCUUUGUAUUUUAUUGCUACUGUUUACAUAUUAUGUAUUACAUAUGACUGAACAAUUCUACAUUUAAAAUAUUGUUUCCAUUAGAAAAAAAUGAACUAAUAAGUGUCAAAUGGAGAUGAAGAAUAAACAUACUUGGUAUAUUUAUAAGAUGGGAUCAUUUAAAAUGCACACAAAUAGGAUGAAUAUUUUGCUACUGUUACAUGUUAUAUAGUUUGCACACUGCUUAAAGUGUAUUUAUUUAACAAUGCCCUUAACCAAGUUAAUUAAAGUAUUUCUGCCUGGUGACUGUGUUAAAGCUUGGGAGGUAGUGAAUGAUGCUGCCAGUUACUUCUGCUAAGUUAAGUUGAAAUUAAGCACUUAUUAUAACCUUUCCUAACAAUGUGAGAAAGACUGAGUAAAUAUAUUAAAUUUGUUUCACAACAGAUGCUUGGGUUGUUAAUAUUUAAGAUGCCUAUUCAUGCUAUUCCUGUCUGCACAUUUGUCAAAAAUGUAAGCUUGAAUGCUAAUGUUUGCCAGCAGACUGGAGCAGCCAGUCUAUGCACUUACUACUGUUCUACUAAAAUAACAUGCCAUAGAAAUAGAGAACCGCUGCUAAGUCAUACCACAAGUUCUACAUGGGAGAUUCAUAAAGGUUUUUAGAACCAACACCUCGACCCUGGCUUUCCUCGGACUUAAAAAUAUGGUCAUGAUUUAUUUAUUUAUUUAUUUAUUUAUUUAUUUAUUUAUUUAUUUAUUUAUUUAUUCACUUAUUGCAGGGGAAUCUGACUACAGAAUAAAUCUCACUCUUUCAGAAAAUCCACUUUGGAUAAGGUGUAAAUUUAAGCAAAGUUUGGAAGGCUGAGCUACUGUCAGCAGCCCAAACACUGUAAAUUCCAGGUACUACUUAAGGACAAAACCUGACUCCUAGCAGACAGAGACCCUGACUCUUGCUCAAUCAUCCCCUCCUCUGUCUUCUUGGGAAAGUCUGGUGCUCUGGCCUCCAAGGAUACAAACAUGGAACCCCAGGCAAUCAAUCGCGAGCAGAUAGGGUCUCUCCAGGGAACUAGAUGUCUUCCCUGUCCCUAUGCCCAAGUGAAAUCCAAGUCGUAACCCUGGGACUAUGGUAUGCCUCAGAGAAAGUUCUCCCAGGAAGGGCAUAGCGAUCAAAGUUGUCAACCGGGCAUUUUGAGAGAUGACCCCGUGGUUGACAUUUUAAGUACAAUCUAGCCCUGGUGGAGGCCAGGGUCAAAACCUACCCUGAGCUCUACGCUGCUCCCCCUCUCUCAGUGUUCUGGGGUCAUCCCAGAAGGGACUUCUUUAGCGCCUUUUGCCCGGUACACGCACGUGUCACUCUCCGUACCUGUCACCUGCCUCCUCAGUUCCUCGCACCGGCUCUCCAAUCCCAGUUCGGCUGCCCUGCAAGCUCUGCAAUGGAGGAGCACUGGAAAAGGCCGCUUCUCUCUAGUGUGGAACUUAACAGGGAACCGAGGAGUUGACCCCAGUGCUGCACCUGUGCGGCCAAAACCCCAACUAAGACAGCACGCAUGCCUCCCAGCCUUCCGCCCAAGCCCAAGCCCAAAUCACCCUCCAGGGCCGACCGGCGAUCGCCAGCGAGGGCUCUACAAGCGCUGUACUUCGGCUCUCAAACUCUGGGAUCCAACUUGAGCGCCCAGCGCCCGAGUGGCUCCCGGGAUAGAGAAGUUGCCACAAACUUCCCGGGCCCCUCUCCAUCGCCUCCCGCCACCAGCCAAGCAGUGCUGGUCGGGAUAGGACAGGGGGAGAUGGACCAGGAUAGGAUGCUAAGUGGACUCCAGAUCCAGAGCGCGACCUUUCCACUCCACCCGGCACCUCGCCGCCUUCCCGGCACCAGGGCUCACGAAGCGGCUCCCUUUCCCCGCUCGCCCGCUUACGGCUUCCCCCCUCCGCCUUUCUCCUCUAAAGAGGGCCGCCCCCACGACCUGAACGAAAGUGUCCAACUAGAGUCUGCCAGGCAGGUGUGCGAGAGAAGCAGGACACCAGGAAAGUACGCAUCCCGGCCAUGUCCCUCACUUCACCAGCCCAGUCCUCCCGAGUGCCUGCGCGCGCGCGAGAAGGGCCAGCAAGACCCCGGCUCGCAAGGGGCGCAAAGCCGCCCCAGCCGGGGCCGCGGAGAAGUUUGGAUCGGUUCCGCAUCCUCAGAAAACGGAGGCGAGUGGAGCAAGAGACCCAGAGCGUGAGCAGCACCGGCAGGGAGCAAAGGAG